CCGGGUCUGAUCGCCGUGCCCCGAGAUGAUAUGGCUAUUCUUGUCUCUAGUUAUCGUCGCUUGCAGACGUUGUAAUCGAGACCCUUUUCAGUGCAUUCGCUUGCUGUCUUUCUUGACUUGUUGUCUUGCAUUCCAGCUCUUGGCAGGUUUGGAACGACAUCUGUGCUUUUCCCUGCUUUUUUCUUGUGCGACAUUUUACGUCAGCGUCAAAACCCUCUUGCAAUAUUGGAAGCAUAAUAGGGCAAACAAGUCAGUAUGACAGGACAAAACCCUAUCCGAAACAGACGUUCUGUCUUCAGAUAAUACUGCUGACAGAAAUUCUAUGGAAUCUCUUG